UAUUGCAGAUUUUGUUUUGGAUGUAAAUAAACUUUACAAAGUUAUCAUAAAAUGGUUUGAAUAGAUAAAGAUUGAUUCAAAUGGCAAACAAUUGGUGUUUUGGUUCACGCGACACAACCAGAUAGCUUAAAAUGGAAGAAAAUGAUCCAAGACGACCGCUUUUGGGAACGCAGCGCGUGAACAGAUACCGUCGUGUGGCCUCCAAGCUAUGCAGCCUGGACUCUUGGAGGAGGAGGCUGCCCAUCACGAUAUGGCUGCCCAACUACUGCGUGGAGUAUCUGAUACGAGAUGUCAUCGCUGGUGUUACAGUUGGUCUAACGUCGAUACCUCAAGGCAUAGCCUACGCCAUAGUCGCUGGAGUGCCGCCACAAGUAGGUCUAUACUCCAGCAUAUUCCCAGGCAUCGUCUACGCCAUGUUCGGCAGCUGUAAGGUGGUGACGGUGGGCCCGACGGCCAUCUUGUCGGCGCUGCUGGCCAAGUACGUGGCGCGCUCCGAGGACUUCGCCUACCUUGCUGCGUUCCUGUCGGGCUGCUGCGUGCUGCUACUUGGAGUUUUACAGCUGGGUGAGUGGGUGGUGACGGUGGGCCCGACGGCCAUCUUGUCGGCGCUGCUGGCCAAGUACGUGGCGCGCUCCGAGGACUUCGCCUACCUUGCUGCGUUCCUGUCGGGCUGCUGCGUGCUGCUACUUGGAGUUUUACAGCUGGGUUUCCUGCUCGACUUCAUAUCGAAGCCGGUCAUAAUUGGGUUCACGACGGCAGCGGCGCUGCAGAUCGCCGCUUCACAACUUAAAUCGUUGUUUGGGAUAUCAGGCAAGUCAGGCGAUACGUUUGUGAGUGCCUUGGUGAACUUUUUCAAGAACAUAACAACUGUCCACCUCUGGGAUCCUAUAUUAGGCAUCGCUACCAUCAUUGCGCUGAUUAUACUUAAAAAGUCAGCGGUCCCAGUGUCAGACACUGACUCUCCCUUCCGACGCAAAGCACUGAAGACCUGGCAAUACCUGGUGCAGGCCAGGAACGCCAUAGUGGUGCUGGUAGCGGCUAUCAUAGCGUUCGUGCUGCACUUGUAUGGACGCACACCCUUCGCACUUAUUGGACCUGUUAAUACUUGUACUGAUCAGGAUCAAUACCUGGUGCAGGCCAGGAACGCCAUAGUGGUGCUGGUAGCGGCUAUCAUAGCGUUUGUGCUGCACUUGUAUGGACGCACACCCUUCGCACUUAUCGGCACAAUCCACGGCGGCCUGCCCCACUUCGGGCCGCCUCCCUUUACCACUAAGGUUCACAACCAGACGGUGGACUUCGAAGGCAUGCUGGGCGUGUUCGGGCCUGAAGGGCUGGUCAUGCCGCUGGUCGCUAUACUGGAGAGCAUCGCUAUUGCUAAGGCCUUUGCGGGUAGCACGACGGUAGACGCCACCCAAGAGAUGAUAGCCAUAGGCAUGUGUAAUCUCCUGGCUUCGUUCGCUCAAAGCAUGCCGGCUACUGGUUCCUUCACAAGGACAGCUAUCAACCACGCUAGUGGAGUCAUGACUCCGGCUGGAUCUUUGGUAAAAGCUGGCCUGGUGCUGCUAUCAGUGACGCUCCUCACAGAGGCAUUCUACUUCAUCCCGCGCGCUACAUUGGCCGGAAUAAUCAUUAUGGCCAUGGUCUCGCUCAUAGAACUGGAUGUGGUCAGGAAGCUUUGGAGGAAUAGCAAGCUGCAACUAGUGGUAUAUACGGUGACAGUGAUCACAGGCGCUUGCGCAGGACUAGAAUACGGUAUUCUAGCGGGCGCGUGCGUCGAUGUGUUGCGGGCUUUAGCCGCCGCCGCCCGUCCGCCCAUCAGCACGCAUACCUUUAAGGUGGGCAACCAAGACUGCAUCUGUCUAAUUCCAGUGGGCGACUUGUCGUAUGCAAGCGCGGAGUACAUUCCAAACGUGUUGCGGAAACACGCGCAAACCCGCGCCACGCUCAUAGUGUUCGAUGCUAAGCAUUUGAACAGCUUGGACAUUGGCGUGGCUGAGAACCUCACAUCUGUGAUAGUAGACUUGGAAGUGACGUGCCACCGGUUCCUAAUUUGGAACCUAUCGGAGCCCCUCACGAAGUUGUUGGAAGACAUACACCCUGGUUUCGGAAGCCGAUGCGUGACUGGGCCU